UGGCUUAUGCAGAUAAUCUAACAAUAGGCAUAGGCAGAUUAUCAGAUUGGAAAGAAGUACAAAAGUUAUUUGAUCUUUACGAAAGAGCCUCAAAUACAAGAAUCAACAAGCACAAAACAAAGAUGGUCCCACUAACAGUAAUG